CGCACCUUCCGCAGCCGCUGCCCUCGUGGAGGACGCACCUGAGAACCGGGAGCGGAGCUGGACAUGGACUCAGUGGUCUUUGAGGAUGUGGCUGUGGACUUCUCCCCAGAGGAGUGGGCUUUGCUGGAUCGUGCUCAGAGGAAGCUCUAUAUAGAAGUGAUGCUGGAAACCUUCAGGAACCUGGCCUCAGUAGGAGAAAACUGGAAAUGCCAUGGCAUUGAAGGUCAUCCCAAGAACCAGGGGACACGUUUGAGAAGUCAUGUGGUGGAGAUGUCCUCAGAAAGUAAUGAAAGUUAUCAAUGUGGAGAAAUCCUCAACCAGAUUCCAAAAUUUAAUGUGCACAAGAGACUUUCUACUGGAGUAAAAUCCUAUGGAAAAAAUAAGCUUGAAAAAGCCAUCAUGGAUCCUUCCUCCCUAAAGAGUCAAACAGCAUCACCUCAACACAGACAAAAGCCCUAUCAGUGUUUCUUGGACCGAUUUUGAUUUGGAAUCUGGCAGAAGCUUCCUUCACAAUCACCACCUUUACCACUUUUACAGAGUCUGACCACCAUUCGCUUUCUGCUGAAAAUGGGAAGCACAUUGUUAAUGGCUUGUGUAUUAAUAGCUUUUCUUAGUAAUUAUUAGUGAGUACUUAAUGUUUAUUAAUGAGUAUUAGCAGUACACGCUAACUAUUUUCUGUGUAA